AUGCAGGCGAAGAUUAUCACUGGGGUGAUGAUGUGGACAGUAUGUUGGACCCUCACAAUGCCAGAUAAAAUCACACCAAGCAGUCGGCAGUGCAACCUCAACAACAUGAUUCUCAAUCUAUCCCACCACAUCACGUCGCAGAUAUUCGGUAGAAGAUGGGGAUGGACACGGAGCAAACCGCGUCACACCGACAACGCCAAGGCAGUGGCCGGUUCACAAUCGCCACACUGUGCCAGGACAACCAUGUCGCCUCGGAAUGACCUGGAUGAAAAUCCCUCCCAGCCAGCUUUAUUUAUCUAA